AUGAUCAAGGCAAUCUUCUACAGCAAGUUCGAUACGGUAGAGGGACCCAAAGUCGUUCACCAAGUUCCGGACGGAGGCAUUGUACCCUCCCCGACUGCGCCCGGUCAACUACCCCUCCUGACCUUCUCCGAUGUCUCGUUCUUCGUGAUCCCCCGCCAGGAGCUCUGCGGGAACCUGUUGCAGGUCUGCACCAAUGGAUACCGCAUUCUGGGAUACCCUAUCUGCAUGAAAUCUGUGCGCUAUGAUCGCAACGAGUUUAUUUUCAACUUCUGCAUCGUCCUCGCAGAGGAGGACGACUUCAGCACAUACAAGAGUGUUGUGCAGAAGAUAGCGGACUUGAUGCAUGGGCUGGAGGAGCAGAAUGGCUUCUUGUCCCGGGACUUCUCAAAGAGUGGCGAGGGCAAGAUCUACAGCUUGUGCGAGAUGUUGAUGGAAGACUUGAACAACUACUGCGAGUGCAUGAUCCCAAUUGGUAUGUUUAUCGAAUGCCUCAAACCGACUUCGCUGACCUGGGUUCUAGACGACCUGAAUACCCUCAACAUCAAGCUCUUUCCUAUAUACCCCUCUCCUCCACCCGUCAAGGCCUGGCAAGUCCCGCUAUUCAUGCUGCGAUACCAGGCCUUCACAGAUGAGAAUUGGGACCUGACCAUGCAGAGAAUCGUACCCCAUAUCAACGGCGUCAACAGCGUGCGCGUAAUCUCCAUCCUCGCCGACACCGAUUUCUCCCUCACCUGUCGCGCCCUCCGCCACCUCCUCUACUACGGCUGUCUAUUCCUCCUCGACAUAUUCUCCUUCUCAGCAAUCUACGCCCCAACCGCCCAAUUCAGCUCAACAAUAGCCUCCGACGAAACAAUGCAACUCGAAUGCGCACGCUACGUCAACCUCCGCUUCGCACCACACCCCCCAAUGGGCCCAUCCCUCUCAUCCCUAAACCAAAGCACAAGCGCAACAAGCACAAGCAACACAGCCCUCUCAACCUCCCUCACAGACCCAAGCCUCACCAAUGAAGCCCGCUUCGACGCAGAAGAAAUCUGGCCUCUACUAGGCGAAGACCCUAACCCAACGCCCGACACAUCCGCCCUCCAUAAACCGGCCAUCGUCGACGGCGCCGGGCUGGUCGAGCUAUACGCGGGUCUCAAGCAGGGCCAGAGCGUCAAACAAUGGUAUGCGCAGCAUAGUCGCUCGCUGGCGAACAUCGAUAUCAGGCGCUUCAUCACCUUCGGCGUUAUCAAGGGCUUCUUAUAUCGUAUUCAUAAGUAUGCGUGUGCAACCGGUGAACCGGCGCCACCACCGCGUUCCUCGUCGUUCACGCCGACGGGUCCUUCGUCGCGUGUGACCACUGGGACGAAUACGCCAUAUGCGGUUUCGAGUGUUGGUGAGGAGGGUGGGAAGCGCGAGGGGAGUCGGGAGCGUGCUGGGUCGUUGAUGAGUGGGAGGGGUGCUGGGAGUGGGACGCCUUCUACGUUUUGGGAGGAUGAGGAGGAGGAGAUGGUUAGUGAUGAGGUUUUGGGGAGGUAUCUUGAUGGUACGCAUUGUUUGGAUCAGAUUUGUACGGAGUUGGAGGUUAGUGAGAGGGAGUUGACGGCUAGGUUGAAGAGGUAUCCUGGGGAAGUUUUGAUUUUACAUCGAUGA